UUGAUCAACCAACUCACUCAGUCUGCGCAGAGACAUCACCUCUCUCUUUCCCGCCUCUCCGCCCUUGUGCUCCUUACUGGAAAUCAUUUUACUACUCGCCGUGCUGCGCUGGACGCCUUCUGAGGCCUCUAGUCAGCUCAGAACAGUGCAUCCAAACUGGAUUCUGCUACCAUUCCUUUCGCUACCACCUUCCUUUAUCCCGCCAUGCCUCACAAGGAUCAAUCUUCCACCAAACAGAAAUCCAAAACUAAAGGGAAGACACGAAAAGGCAAAGGGAAGGCGCAUCCGGUUAACUUUGCUGAGUCCCACGACAAAAGUGAUCCAAGCGAUGAUAAGCCUUUAAGAUCGUCAGGCAAGAAGAAGGGCGACUCCGAGUCUAAUCCAGUUCUGAAGGAGAAGCCCAAAGUCAAAAAGCCUGCUUCUGAAAUAGACGCAGAUGCUAUUCCCAACUUUAUUCCUGAGCAUGGCAUCUCUCGAACAACAUACUAUGCUACCCCAACUACGGCCCUAAUUCGCACCGGCGUGCUUCCCGUAAUAACACCUACGCUUGGAGCCACGCCUGUGGCUACUGUCCUUGGUACCGCUGUAGCGACUGCGUCCCACAGCAUUUCUUCUAUCAUAUCGUUGCCGUCAACAAGCGCACAGGCUUUACAGGAUCAACAUUCGACAAACUCAAAGCGUCCUUCCACGGUUGUCAUUGUCAUCCUCUCCAUUCUCGCUGCUUUUCUCCUUUUUGGUCUAAUAGCUGCUGCCUGGGUCUAUAGCAGACCGAAAAAGCGCUCUCAUCUUGUACCUUCCCUGCCGAUUCUACAAGAGGACUACCCAGAUGAAAAGUUGGACGGAGAUGAAGAGUCUCUGUUCGGUGGUAAAGAACGUACAUCAGCCAGACCUGGGAGUAAUGGAAUACUUUGGAAUUGGACUCAGUACCCUCACACAUCGAUGAUACAACCAAAGGCCGGUCCUGAUACUACCGCGCCUCCUGAUCUUCCGGCCAAGAGGCAAUCGGUCGCUGGAGAGAAGAGUUCCUAUCCAUUCAAGGGCCAUGGAGUAACUGCCAACAGUGCAACUCCUGCUUCGCCUCCUCUACAACAACUUCAAAAUGUGAUCACCCGGGCUGCCAACCGCGUAUCAGCUAUGUCUGCAUCUAUAUACCCUACGUCUCCUCAGGGUACUCACAACUAUUCCGGUAUCGGUGUUGCUGUUGGUGAUGCAUCACCUCUCACCGCAGAUGGCCUCCCUGUGCUGCAGCGCAGCGCCUCCAAGUCCUCCACUCGUCGACAUUCGAAGACUACUAAGAACGUACGCCAGAGUAUUGCCGGCUGGGACAUGGUCAAUAUUCCAACAAAUUCGAAGCGUGAGAACGAAACCACUUCGCCGACAUAUCUUGCACCCACAACAGGACUGUCAGCUUCUUCCUCUGGCGGCCGUGCACGUGUUCAAGGUCCUUACGCGUCUGCGGUAUCUAUGCGCUCCUCCACUUCAGUCGGCGGCCUUGGACCUUCAUCUUCUCGUUUCUCCGUCACAGACCACAACCCAUUCGAGACGUUACUGUAUGCCCUGCCCCCGUUGCCACCGGUGAACAAGACAGAGGCAAGACGCGAACGGGAUACUCAGGCUUUGACCUCGGCUCUUGGCCUUAAUUCACCCCCACUUUCGCCUCAGGGCACGUUAUACCCAGAUGACUCCAUUACUCUUGCGGGUGAUCGUAGACGCAGCAGGGCUCUUAGUCACAAUCGUAUGCGUAGCCAAGUCACCAGUCCCACUGUUGAUGCAACUGCGCGCCUGGGCAAUCUCAUGCUUGAAGACUUCCAAAGCAGUUUUUCUUUAGUUCCUCCUCGUAACGCUGGACAAAGUAGUUCUGGUAAUGCACCUCCACGUACGAAACCUGCGAUCAAGAAGCGUGCAGAAGACAAGCCGCCUAGAGUUCCUUCGCCUCCACCUAUGCCCUCCCUCGCCCAGAUGGCGAUGGAACAUGGAAAUCCUGGUGAUUACGCGGAUUAUAGGAGCCCGACAUAUAGUAUCUAUGGUUUCUAUGAGAUGGAUCGGAAGAGUACGGACAGAAAGAGUAUUGAUAGGAAAAGUAAACUUGUCACAGGAGGCUACUGAACUAUUCGGACUAGAGAGACAUCUCGGACAUCAACACAGACUACGCACAUUGUAUAAUAACGUUUCUCACUUUCAGACUUGGUUUGUAACUCUAGCACAGUCUCGGUGUAUCAUAGUAUGUACCGACGUACACACAGUCCAUGGAAUGGUAUCAACUACAGUACUUGCGGUAAUGGGAAAGUCCUGGGAAUGCAAUUAUGAAGCAACCUUCUCAGC